AUUACUAUUUCCGUGAACAACUGUCGUACUAUCGUAUGUUUCUCUUUAAAAUAUGGAGUUUUAUAGAGAAGGAUUCCUUAACAAGGCUGGUAAAGGACUGAUACAGACACAUUUACACAGCUGGCGACCAAGAUAUUUUGUGCUGGAUCGCUGGAGUUUAAAAUACUACAAAACAAAGGAGUUACUGCCAGAAAAUAUGUUGGGAUGUAUUGAAGUGGUUGAGAUUGACUCCAUAAGUAUGUUAAAGGGUGAAAAAAAUGCAUUUCAAAUCACAACUAAACCAGGAAGAACAUAUUACAUGUCGGGAAGGAAUGAAGAUGAGGUUCAAGGUUGGAUUAGAUGUCUUCGAAUGGCCAAAUCAAAAUAUCUGGAAAAACACAAGAAAACAUCUGAUGCAGUCCCUAGCAUUUAUGAUGAGCCCAACUUUGCCGGUCCACCUCAAAAACCUCCCCGCAAUCUGGAUGGUAUGGAUACCGUGCUCUUGGACCCCUCAGAACCGCCCGAAUUCUGCACAAGACCCACCACCACCAGCAAUAAGCCAGUUAUAAGCGCCUACCAAUGCAUUGAGUUUCCAAAAACGGAUACGAAAACCACAGAUAAACCAGCACCAAAGAAGCUCGAAGAAACAAAUCCAUAUGCGGACCCAACCUAUGAAACUGUGAAUGAAAAAGCUGUGACAAAAGACACCAAAAGUUCUGAUCCUAAUGCAGAUCUUUAUGACACUGUUACUGUGGAGUCCCGCACCACUAGCCUCACCAAAAAGCAGGCCAGCUCCUCGGAUCCCCCACCCCUCCCUGCUAGAUUACCAUCCAUGUCAGGCGAGGAAAGUGUAACCCAAUCCGAAAAUAAGUCUCCAGUAGCGAGUGGAAACGUUCAAGUAAGCGCGGUUGGUUUAUACGAAGACGUUGGCAGUGCAAGUUCAACUCCCGCGACAGUUACAGCACAAGCCGAAAACCAAAGUUCACCGUCAAAAACUGCAGCAGUUUCAAGUUUAUACGACGAAGUUGGUAGUCCAGAAAGCUGUAGCCCUCCCUCACAGCCACAGGGCAGCGUUUGUAACGGCGUCUACGACGAAGUUUGUCAUCCAGACAAGCCGUCGACUACAACGAAUGACGAAAUUCCCCAAAAUCGUGGAGAUAGUUUAUAUGACGAGGCCGUGACGCCAGGUUCUCCGACAAAACCUGAAGAAAAGGAAGUUGAAAGUAUAUUUGUGCCAGACCCAACCCACGUUUAUGCAAAGCCGGAUAAGAAAGCUUCUUCUUUGAAGAGAGAUCGAUCGAAAAAGAAACUAAUUCCUGGACUUAUGGAUGUGGGUGAAGUGGAUAUUGAUGCCGAAACUGAGGCGGAGGGGGGCAAGGAAACUUUGAAACGGGGUAUGACCAUGCCCAUGGGUGAUCAAUUUGCUAUCGAGGAUUUGAGGGACACCAUAAAGGAAUUUGAUGAGGAGAUUAAUAAUAACAGUGAAAAUGGAAAAAUGCUGUCAGAUUUUGAUGUGAAUCAAAAUGAAAGCGCUUUUGAACUGUUGGUUAGGUUCUGUGAGAGAUACGAUUGACUUCGUUCCUACCUGUUAGGGUGGAGAGGGCAAGGUGUGAGAUAGGGCAAGGUUUGAGGCAGGGGCGAGAUAGCCCCAACAUUUUUUAAGGAUGGAAAUGGAAUGCUAAAGAAAACACAUUUUUCAGCCAUAUAUUUGUUGGUUGUUUUCUUUGUCUUGAUAUUUUAUUUUCUUGGUUUUCUUAAUAACACUAAUGAUAAUUUGGCCUCAAAUAUAUUUGCAUAUCCACCCACCGGAUAAAUAGAUCGUAGCUAGGUACUGUACAUAAUUGGGUAUUGUCGAUGUUGGGUAAGAAUCUUAGUUAUAUAAUAUUUCAUUUAGCCAAGCAAAGAACAGGAUUUUCUAUGUAUUCAAAAAACUUUUGUACUUAUUUAUAGGAAUUACUAAACAUCUGCGGUAUAUAGCAGAAUAGAAUUAGAAUUGUAGGUCAUGAAUAUGACGAUUUUAUGUGUAGAUUGAAUCUCAAUUUAGGCACGAAAAACGGAACCCAACGUCACAGCUAAAAAGAGCAUCUUUUAUAAUGAGAAUUAAGCCCUGUUCUAAGAUGCUCUUCCUAGCUGUAAUUUGGGAUAUGUUUCUUCCAUUUAUUACUUGCUCUUGAAAAGGUGCAAUUUUGAAAUCAGUAUAUGAAUGUAGAAAUUUAUUUGUAACCAGGUGUUGUAAAUAUUGUUACUGCAGGGACACUAACAAUAAAUAUCAA